GCGAGUGGCAGAGCGGCUGCCGUCACAGUGUAGCCUCUCUGUGCAUCGCAGGCUUUCAGCUCGCUGGCAGUAGCUGGGGCUAGGGGGCGGGGCGAAGCCGAGCCCUUGGAGAGGCCUUAUUAUGGCGAAUGAGGGAGAGGCUACGGAUCCGGAGAAGACAGAUUCUUUUAAGCUGCUGGGAAUACUUGAUGUGAAAAAUAUCCCUUGUGCUCGGGAAUCUGUGCUCUAUGGAUCCUUGGGUGGUCUAGCUGUGGGCCUUGGACACUUUUUAGCAACUAGUAGAGUCAGACGAUCCUGUGACUUUGGAGUGGGAAGUUUUAUCCUGACAACAUUAGGAUAUUGGGUCCAUUGUAGAUACAGUAAUGCAAAAUUAAAGAUCCAGCAACGAAAGCUUCAAGAAGCAAUAAGAAACAAGAUUUUAUUUGAAGGCACAAAGUUCGAUCCAGAGAAGCAAAAAACAAGCUCUGAAGGAAGUCGUUCGUAGGCUUUGCAACAAUGCUUAAGCCACUGUAUUAAAAACUCAUUUGAGAAGCUAGAAAAUCUGGCUGUUGCCAAACUUGAGGUGGUGGUUUUCUAGCUACCCUCAGCAUUUGUUUUCUAUUUUACUUCCAUGGUUGCAUACUGUGAUCUUGUUUUUUGGGGGGCGGAGGGAGGAGAUCUGCUUAAGAAUGAUAUAAGCUAACAGCUGUGCUUAGAACACUUCUUCAGAAUAGCAUGAACUGGAGCAAAAUACUUUGGGUUUUGAAGAUUAUUCAGCAGUAGGAAGUGCACCUAAUCAAAAUCAAACUUGAAAGGCUAUGGAACAACUUCUGAGCCAAAUCUGUAUUUCUGAGACAUAUUGAUUGUAAUGGGUGAGAUCUAAGCAUGUUUAACCUGAAAUCAAUGGCCUGUAUGCUUGUUUUAUUAAGUAUAAUUGGUUAAGCACACUCCGCCUCAAAACCCUGUUUCAAUGAAAAUGUUUAAAAGAAUAGUGUGACAUUUUACUGUUUGCAUUGUCACAAUCUUCCACAGAAAAAACAGGAUGAACCUUUUGCCCUGAAAUGAUGUAAAUGUAAAUUUAUUUGUUUAAUGGCCACUAUAUAUAUUUCCUGACUUAAUGGUAUAUGUAGUAGGUAAUUUGAUUAGUUGAGGUGCUUGUGCUACAGUUACAGAGUUCUUUUCCCCCAGGAAGGCUUAGUUCCUUGUACUAUAUACUUCAGUCUCAUUUCAA